AUGUGUUCAUUCAUUAGCAGUGUGGAGCAGAGAGAGCGCGUGCAGGAUUUAUGUACAGGAGUGUGUGUGCAGUAGAGAGUGUACCGGAGUGAGUGAGUGUGGUCACACACACUGAGUGUUUAUACUGUUAGAGAUGCUGCAGGAGGGAGGUUGGCGGAUCCCCCCCACAGCGCCCACCUGUAUGGAGACACACCUGGAGAGCGCGAGCUACCGUGCAGAUGGACUCCUCCUCCUCGGUGCCUCUAACCUGACGGCCCGGUGCUGGUUCGGUUCUCUCUGGAUUUAUUCGGAUCCUAAAUUGGCCCCUAAUGAAGGAUUCUGUAAGGCGGGGCUUCAGACGGAGGCGGGGCUUAGUGACGUCAAGUGGCUGACUGACAGGACCAUCGUCACGGCAACAGACUCAGGUGCAGUUGAAUUAUGGGGUUUAUCCGAAGACGAGCGUUUGUUGGUGAACAAGUUCAGUCAUCAUGAACAUGAUCAUAUCGUCACGGCGAUCAGUCCUGCAGCCGACGCCCAGCACGCCGUCAGCGGCUGCAUGGACUGCAGGAUUAAAGUGUGGGAUCUGAAUCAGGAAGCUGUUCUCAACACCUAUAACGUUCAUUCCAUGGCUGUGAACAGUGUGAGCUGCAGCCCUACAGAUCCGUCACUCUUCCUCUCCUGUGCCCAGGACGGACGCUUGCUGCUGUGGGAUCGAAGAAAACCCAAACCUGCUACUAGAUUAGAUGUGGUUUCUCCGAGUUGCAGUGUAACUGCUGUGGUGUGGCAUCCACAUGAAACAAGCACAAUAGCUUAUGGUGAUGAACUGGGCAGGGUGGUUAUUAAGGAUUUCCAGGCUGCAGGAGAAAUUCAGACCAUCAACUCACACAAACGCAGAGUAACAGGACUCAGCUUCUCCUCACACAGUUCUCCUCUGUUGGCGUCGGUUAGUGAUGACUGUAACGUUGUCGUGGUGAAUUCGGAGCUCAGAGAGACUUACAGAGACGUUAGACACCAGGAUUUUGUGCGGGGGGUGUGUUGGGUUCCCGAUGGUUCUGAUGUUCUUACAACGGUUGGAUGGGAUCAUCAGGUUCUCCACCACGACGUCCAGGAGAUACACACCUAAUACACACACACACACACACACACACUUCAUGAUUGAAUAAACUUGAUGUUCAGCUGA